AUGAGGCCUGGGCAUGGCGGAUUUAUCACUGUAAAGAAUACCCUUCUGCAUUGUUACUGUGUUUGUGGGAAAAUUGAGGAUGCCCACCACUUGUUCGAUGAAUUUCCUCAGAGAAAUGAUUUGAUUUCAUGGAAUACUUUGAUGGGUGAUUACCUUCAUGUUUCGCAGCCUCGUGUGAUUGUGGACUUAUUUAAGGAAAUGUGCAUUGGUGGUUUUGAAGCUAGUGUAACCACUGUUCUGUAUCUUUUAUCAGCCAUUGGUGAGUUGGGAAGUUACCUUGGAGGAGAGAGUGUUCAUGGCUACUGCAUUAAGAUGGGAUUUUCCUAUAAUUUACAUGUGGUCACUGCUUUGAUUUAUGUGUAUGCAAAGAAUGGGGAAAUUGACUUGGCACGUUGGAUUUUCGAUGGAGUUGCUGUGAAGGAUGUUGUUUUGUGGAAUUGUUUGGUAGGAAAGUAUGCAAAAUGUGGCAUGGUAGAAGAAGCAGUAGCUUUGCUAUUGGGGGGUGGGCUCGUUGGUGAACUUUCGCCGGGGGAGGGAGAGAGUGAUGUCGUCGUCGACCCCGCCACAUCUUCGCUUAAUCUCAACAAAUCAGCCGAAGAAUCUACUCCUCCGAAGCUGAGUCAACCAUAA